UAGUAGGGUAAAAAUGAGGUCUACUAAGUAGACAUAUUUACAUUUUCUAGACGAAACUGAUUCACCUUAACUUAGACAAUUUUAGGGGGGGGGCACUGUUUAAGCACUACUGUGACUAUCAGUUUAAGUCAGUGCUGGAUCUUUUAGUAAACUAAAAAGGUUAGAUGUAAGAAUUAACUUACACUUUAAUAUCACUGCCUCUUAUUAUUUGCUUGCAGAAAAUGAGAUAUCUUGGUGGUAAGAAAUGAAUUGAAAGUUCUUGCAUUUCUCUUUCUUUUUAUUUUCCGUUGCUUGGUUUUGUGUGCAAGUUUGCAAUUUGUUUCAAACGAUUUGACAUUCAAUGCCUUGCUAAAUAUGCCUGGGAGACAUUGUUGCGUCAGUGGAUGUAGCAAUGGUGAUAAUAAGUUGAAGAAAUGGAAAUCUGAACUUUGUGAAGUUCAUCUUUGUCAUUUUGGAACUGGAAGAUGCAUUUGUGAUCCCCCUUUUAAAUUGAUUACAUUUCCGACGGAAUCCAAAGACAAAUACACAAGGAGUGUAUGGAUUCGAAAUAUAAAUCGCCAAAAUCAAAGUGGUGAAAUUUGGAGACCAAAUAAUGACUCUAGAAUUUGCUCCACUCAUUUUUUGGAUGGGGAACCUACACCUAGUAAUCCAUACCCGACAAUUAAAAUGGGACACAAGGAAAAGGUUACCAUGGGAAGACAGCCACCAAAGGAAAGAUCUGCAGAGGUUCCUACCAAGAAAAGAAAGUCAACAUCCCACUCUGACAUACUUAAUGACUGUGAUGUGACAAACAAUCAUCAUUUGAUUGACCAUGAUUAUUUAGAAUACUGCGACACAUGUGUUUACAAAGAGGAAGAAAUAAGAAAACUGAAAGAUCAGAUUAAAUAUCUAAAUUCUGAAUUAAAUGCAUGCAAAAACAAGUUAAUUCCAAACCAAGCCAAAACUACUGGCAUGUUAGGUUUAUUGAGCAGUGAUAGCAAAGUAAAGUUUUACACAGGGAUCCCCACUAAGGCUGCCUUCAAUGCAGUUUAUAAUGCUAUUCUGCCCUCCAUAAAAAAUGUCCGAUAUUGGAAGGGUCCCUCCUACCACUGUACAACUCUUAAAUACAAGAAAUUUCAGAAAGCCCGAGUUAGUCGAAAAUUAAACCCCAAAGAAGAAAUGCUCCUUACUUUUAUGAAGUUAAAGCUUGGUCUUUUAGACGAAGAUUUAGGUGACAGAUUUCAGAUGUGUCCAGAAUUUUUACAACCUGGGUAA